AUGGACUUCAAAGGUCAACCUCCUGUGGUCCGAGUGUGGAGACCGAUGCUUAGUGGAGCACCUGUGUGUGUGAUACCAUGCUCUAUGUUAGCGGGUAUAGAUGAUAUUUGCUCGGACUCGGACACCCGUCGGGUCUGCAUUCUCGGAAAGGAAGCUCAGAGGAAGCAACAGAUGAUCUCUAUAUGGAGUAUCCCGUUACCGUCUACCACAGGGAAAGCUCCUGUAUGCAAGCCGGCCGAGCUUAUUGCUAAACAGGAUAUGGGAGCGGAUGCGACAGUAUUGCAUCAUCGAGUCUUCGUGGCCACAGCGUGUGGUAGGGUGGUACAACUGAACUACAACACAAGACAAGUGGAGAACGUGUACCGCUUGUAUGAGGAUGGAUGCCCAAUAUGGGCAAUCACCGUUACUGAAGGCUUCGUAUCGACUGCUGGUGAUGAUGGAUAUGUGAGGGUGUGGCCUCUGGACUUCACUAAUUAUUAUAUGCAGGCUAAGUUACCUGGGCCGGUGUUGGGGUUGGACCUCACCCCAGAUGACCUCCAACUGGUGUGCUCGGUCCAGGACGGCAGUGUUGGCGUGCUUGACUUGGAAGCAUGCAAAUACUCAGUGGUGUGCCGAUCGCAUAAGAGUGGUAUUCGCUGUGGAGCGGUAUCGACAUGCGGGACUAAAAUGUGUACUGCAGCAAUGGAUGGCUGUAUACGAGUUUGGGACAUCGAUAACGGAGUAGCGAGGACGCUACUGGACUUCAAGGCUGAACCGGACUUGCCCGUAUCGUUGGCCUUCCAGCCAGCGUUCAGUCUAUCAGUCGUCGAAGACGGGGAAACACCGCUGCUAUCGGUUGGAUUUGACUCGGGUGCUGUGAUGAUCUUCGAGAUCUCAGCGGUGGAGGGUGCCAAGAGUUUAUCACCUCUGUUCGAGUUGAAGCACCAUGCCAGUCCUGGCCGCAUUGUGAUAUACGAUGAAGCCCGAAGGUUCGAGGCUACUAGAUGCCCUGAAGCGGUCGCGUCCAAGCCGAUACUCCCUGUUGUUCCCUCUAAGAACAAGAAGGACGAUGACAUGAUUCGAAUACAGCCGCCGACCUUCGUCCUCCGUGGGGCGGGCCAUCAUCAUCAUAAUAUGGUUGCUCUAUACUCUCAUGAGAGGGCGAUAGCGCUCGCCCGGUUGCCAGACUUUGAGGUCUCUCGUGUAUUGAGGCUCAACAGCAUGCAGAGUGCUGAUGCGGCCAUAACGACUUACACGUUCUCGGUGGAUGGUGCCCUCCUCCUCGUGGGGUUAAGCGACUCCUGGGUCCGAGUUUACGAUCCUGAUACCGGCCUGUUGGAGCAUUCUAUCAACUGUGUUUUGGCGGGUAUGAUCACUGGGUUGUAUAUGAGUGCAACCCUACGAGACUGUGAUGGCAGUCGGAAGAUCAUCACAGCCGGGCAUCUUGACCAUCAGCUUAGAGUUAGUGAUUAUUAUCGCGAUGCCCGUAGUGACGACCCGUUGCAUCGGCCAGCAGAACAAACGUAUCAUGCUCAUCACUUCCCACCGAGGGAGGUUUUCUCUGUCGGGGAGGUCCUGAUCACAUUGAGCAGCGCUGAAGUGUGUAUUUGGUCGUUCCCGUAUCACUUCACGGCUGUCGAGUCAAAGGAGCAGUUGAGAGGGGUUGAGUCGAGACCAGUAGAGACCGGAGGUGAUCUGUUGGGAUGUGAGAAAGUUACGGUAGAAGGCCGAGGGCUGUUCCAAUCGAUGAUGGAAGGGGUUGAUGAGGGAGAGGAGGCACCUCCAGAGGUUGAGAGGAAACUAUCAUCAGCGCCGAGCGAAGCAGUGGGGGACGACGCGGUGGUUCAGCUCGAUACCGCGGACGUUGCUGAGGAGGAGGAUGAGGAAGAGGGACACAUUUUGGAUGUCCCGAUGGUUGCUGAUAAUAACGAGGAGAUUGAGCGGAGCGAAGCUUUGGGGAAGAUUACAUAUAAACAUUUCUGCAGUGGGGGAGAAGUUGUAUUGUGGCUAAGCGAACUGGGGCAUCUAGCAACUGGCUGUCAUCGUUGGGUGCAUCUAGGCAGUCUGGUCGAAGAUCGGGACACCUUCCUCACCAUACCUGACAGCAUACCUGGACCGAGAAGAAUUCAUUCACUGGACUUGAGUCCGUUGACGAUGAGGACUCUAUUGGCCUCGGCUGAUGAUGGUCGCUGGGUGAUCGUCUGGGACCUCGUCAAGGCUGGGGUAGCUCUCGCCCCUGCUGAGGAUGGUGCUGUGGCAGGGGAGGUGAUGUCCAAGUUCGUGGAGCCCCUGUCCGCUACUAAGUUGCCUCAAAGAGUUGCCUGUUGUAAGCUGUUGGCUGAUAGUCUAGCAGUAUCAUGUGGUCGUCGAUGGGACUUAGGAGGAGAGGAUCAAGGCCUCGCUGAUCUUAUCGUGUGGGGACUACCUCGGACGGAAUCGUGUAAAGAGGCGAAGGUCUUGGCAACGGCAAACCUGCAGCUUCCGGAGAGACCGGUCGCUGAUGUUGAUAUCGAAAUUGUUGUUAAUCCCUUGUCGGCGAUGGAGUUUGUCACCAUGACGAGCGACUCUGUGAUUAUGUGGCAGCUAGCCACGUCAGAGGAAGGUGGAGAGGAAGCCAGAGGGGCGUCGGGAUGGGGCUUGGCCUUCAAUGAAGUGCCUAUUCCACAACAACAUGAAGGCACCUUGUGCUCCCUCGCGAUGCUAUCUCCUCAUCUUUUCGUUGGUACGGUCAACGGCUUUGUCAUGCUUGUGGACACGGAUGUAUGCGUGCUCGCAUGGACGACGGUCCCGAUCGAGAAGUCUCAAUCGGCAAGGCUAGCUCGAUUGGCCAGCGUACCUCUGCGUAACGGGACGGAGGCUUUCUGUGCUACUCUCUCUGGUGGGCACCUGUGGGCGGGUUACAUUAGGAAGCAGCCAGCUGUGAGAUGUGUGAUGCAAUCGACGUGGAUGGUCAAGGGCCUAUCUAGUGCUGUGUGUUUGUCCCAUAGUCGAGUUGUAGCUGCUGGUGAGAAGUCAAUCUCUCUGUUGAAGAUAGGCGCUACGCCGGCACCGCUCUGGACGCAUGAUGUGGGGUUUGCACCCCUGCGGCUCGGCCUAGUUGGACUUGACUUGAUUGGAGUCGUUGGACAGGGGUCUGCGAUGAAGAUAUGGAGGGUGGAGGGGAGCGCUCCUGCAGUGCUGGUGGAGAACAUGUGUAUUCCUGUGCCGUGGACGGCAGCGGCGGAGACAGGUGCAAUACUCUGCAAUGGCGAGGGGCAGCAAUCGAGUUGCUGGUACACUCAUGACGCUAUGGUGGCAGAAAGUUUGAUAACAAUUAAGAAAAUGUUCUCAAUCAACACCUGCACCGUCUGCAUGAUGCGGCUCGGCCGAGUUGGACUUGACUUGAUUGGAGUCGUUGGACAGGGGUCUGCGAUGAAGAUAUGGAGGGUGGAGGGGAGCGCUCCUGCAGUGCUGGUGGAGAACAUGUGUAUUCCUGUGCCGUGGACGGCAGCGGCGGAGACAGGUGCAAUACUCUGCAAUGGCGAGGGGCAGCAAUCGAGUUGCUGGUACACUCAUGACGCUAUGGUGGCAGAAUUGUUAUCGAAAGUGUCCUCCUCUACAACAGCGGUAGACUUGAAGACUUUCCUCUCGGCGCCCAUCAAGCCCGAGGCACCAGUUGAUUCUGGUGUUGCCAACGCUACUACUUCCCUCCAGGAGAUGUUGGCUGCGGACUUCAAUUGUGAUCAUGUUCUAGUAACAUGGCAGCAAGGCGAUAAGGAUGCCUUGGACAAUUACAACGAUGCUAAAGUAUCUGAUCCUACUCGUCUUUAUUCUGCUUCUGAUGAUAAACUAUACCGGGCCUGUCAUGCUCACGGUUGUUGGUCUAUGAUGAAGACUCUCACCCAGCGGGAAUUUCUGAGCGGUAGUUUUUUCAAGAAAAUGGGUAGCUUCAACCACAACUAUAAGGGAGGUAGCCUCAAUGGUUCUGCUGUAGUGAUCCUUGAGAAAACUAAGAAUGGUGAAGCAGUAGAUGUUGUGUAUUCGGUUGUUAAUAGCGAAUCACUAGAUGCCAGUGGUGUGGUGAAGGCUCUCGGUGGGAGUGAGGAUCAAGCUUCCCUGGCGGCUAAGAAGGCCGAUGAAGCUGUUGACAAGUAUACAUCAGAACGUGGUUAG